AUGGCAUUCUCUCGUCGGCUGAGGGCGCCCUUGGCCGCUUGGAGCAAUGCGCCACCCCUUCUUCGGCAUGUGGAAAGGCGAUCCUUCAGCAACAGUGCGAAUUCUGCUGAACCGUCUGCCGGAGAGAGGGCAAAGAAGGCCCAGCAACUCUGGAGGAUGAUGGUCCCGGAGCAGCACUGGGACUUUCGUAGCCCGAUGAUCCCGACGCUGAUCCUGUUCAUCGUUUUCUUGCAGUAUCUGAUCAGUCAGAAGCAGUCAGACGUGGCGGAGAAGGAGAGGGAGGAGGUUCGCCUCCUGCAAGACGAGCGGAGGGCGCGGCGCGCGGCCAGCGAGAAAGCUUUGGAGGAGUAA